AGUGUUCCUUCUUUCACCUUUAUCUCCAUCUCAACAUUUAGCCUUAAUUUCUUUAGCAAUCGAUCUAUAUCCUCUCACAAGAAUUCUCUUUGUUUCCUUCUCUGCUUAAGUUCAACUAUGGAGUUGAUGUUCCUUCACAUUCUCACAUACCUUUCAUUGGCACUAGUGGCAAGUUAUGCAGCUCUUCCAGCAUCGACCGGUGAAACAUAUUGGAAUACUAAGCUGCCUAAUACACCCAUGCCUAAGUCAAUCAAAGAAUCUUUGCAGCCUUCUGGAUUGACAGAGGACAAAAGCACUUCCGUAGGAGUGGGCAAAGGUGGAGUGGACGUCAACACCCCCGGCCACCACGGCGCCGACGUCAACGUGGGCCACAAAGGCGGUGUCAACGUAAACACCCCGGGCCACGGGACCCACGUUGGUGUCGGCAAAGGAGGUGUUGGCGUCUACACCCCUGGCCACCACGGACACCCACCGGUAUCCGUCGGUGUCAACCCUGGAAAAUCACCGUUCGUUUAUAAUUACGCUGCUAAAGAUGAUCAGCUUCAUGAUAACCCUAACGUGGCAUUGUUUUUCCUUGAGAAAGACUUGCACCAAGGGAGUAACAUGAAAUUGCAGUUUGUGAAAACUGCAAAUGGCGCCGCUUGAAUACGGUUAUUGUCAGUUUGAAUACGGUUAUUGUCAGUUUGGAUGCACCUACGACUCAAGGAGGAGGGGGGGGGGGGGGGGGGGGGGGGAGGGGUGUGUGGAUUGAAUUAGGUCGUAUUAAAUUUUGGAAAAAAAAAAUUUAAGUAGACAAUGAUAUAAUAAUAUUUACAUUCUCUUAGCAGGUAAAUUAAAUGAACAUUAUUUAUAGUAAAUCAAAUUGUUAUAUAUAAGGAAACCAUUUCCACAUGAAUAAAAUCAAUCCCUAUUUUUUUUGUUGA